UGGUCUGUCUGAACAUCAGUUUAAACCUCAAAGAUUCAAUCAAAUAUGAUAUAAAAGAGAAAAAAAUCUUUAAUUUAACAGUUUGGAACCAACAAGAGCUUCAUAUUUUCACUUUAAAAUUAUUAUUUUUUCAUACAAAUAGUUGCUGAUUGAUUUUCUGUUGAUUGACUCUUUAAUUUAGUGAUUAAUAACUGCAGGAAGAUGUUUAGUUUGUGUAAGAACAUAAGCUCUGAGCUCAUUUACCAAAAUAAAAGCUUUAUUCUGGUGGUUGAUCAUGGUUGGACCACUGAAGGGACAGAGUUCCAGUUUGAAAUGAUUGGGGACAUUUAUUGAUUGAAAGCCAAUCAAACAACUGCAAAAAGAUGCAAAACACACAAAAAAGUAAAGUAAAACAACCACAAAGACACACAGAACGACAGCAAUGUGAUACAAAACAGCCACAAGGACACAGAGCAGCAUAAAAAAGACACAAAAUGACCCUAACAAGACUCAAAAUUACAAGAAAUAUGUACAAAAAAACUACAAAAAGACUCACACUGACAACAAAGAGACACAAAACAAUAACAAAAGAAGCAAAAAUACCACAAUUACAUGCAAAACAACCACAAAAAGACACAAAGACACAAAGCAACUCAGUAUUACCACAAAGACGCAAAGACCUAAAAGACUCAAACUGACUUAAAAGAGAUUUUACACAAUCACGCAAGACACAUCAAACAUCUCAAAUAGACUACAAAACAACCCCAACAGAUACAAAUAGGCGACGAAGAGACACAAAAUGAUUAAAAUGAGAUGUAUAACAGCUAUAAAAAGGCCUAAAGCAACUCAUAAUUACCAGAAAAACUUGCAGAAAAAUGCAAAAUGACUACAAAGCAACCGUAAAUAGACACAAAACAACUCAUUUACCACAAACACAUGCAAAAAUGUACAAAAAUCUGACUACAAAGAGACACAAAACAACCACAAAAGAUGCAAAUAACCCCGUAAGGACACAAAGCGAACACAAUGACACAUAAAACAACCACAAACAGACAAAAUGACUAAAAUCUGAUAACAACCUUGAAAACAUUUGAAAUAACUCCAAAAUGGCACCAAGCAACCGCAAAGAUACACAAAAUGACUCAAAACCACCCAAACACGUCAAAAAGACUCAAACUGAUGACAAAGAGACACAAAACACCCAAGAAGAGACACAAACAAACAAGGCAAAAAAACUCCCACAGAUAAUGAAAAAUGGCCAUAAAGCAACUGCAGAGACACAAAAUAACUCAAAAUUAGAGCAAACACAUGCAAAAAUACACAAAAAGGCACCACCUGACUACAAAGACAUAUUAAAAAAAAACUAAAGAUGUAAAAUUACCAUAAGAGAACACAAAAUGACUACAAAGACACAUGACUACAACUGGCAAAUACUGACUAAAAUGAGAUGCAAAACAAUGACAAAAAGAUCUGAAAUAAUUGCAAACAAAAUAUCCACAAAAUUACAUAAAACGCUACGUUUAUAUACGUGAAGAAAAUAUUAAGAAGUCUGUUUAAACAUGAAAUAAUUUUAUGAUAAACACUCACACUGAUUAAAUCCUUCUUGGGUGCCUAUUUUCCCCUCAAACUAUUUAUCUGGGGUUCUAAUGUAAACAUCAUGCUUUUAUUGUGAAGGGAAGACUCGUUAAUCUUCGUGCUUUCCCGCCGCUGCGCUGAUUGGCUGCGCCGCCCGCCGACGUCAUUGGGUUCCCCCUCGUCGUGUCCGCCUCCGUCCACGCAUGCGCACUCAUGUAAACAGUCAGUCCGGAGCAGAAGCUUCGUCGCAGCAGCAGCAGCAAACCGGAGGAUCGGUCCGCCGCUUCCCCGCCGCCGCCACCGGACGAUUCAGGCACGAUCACCCGAUGCUCUGGGUGUGUGGGGUCACUGGAGGUCGGCAGCCUGGGGGGCUGUGAUGUUCUGCAGACGGACGGUGGCCUCCAGCUGUUCUCCACAUCUGUGAGCAGCAGCCUCAUGUUGCUGCGCUGCUUCUAGUGACCGUCUUCACAGCGUCCCAGCAGCGUUUCCAGGAUCAGACCCGGCAUGGAGGGCGUCUCCGUGGACAACCUGAUCGACUUCGACCUGCCGUCCGAGGCCUCGACUCUCGGCGUCGACGGAUCUCAGCACCAAGGACACGCCGACGUCUUCUCCCCGGAGCCGCCGUCGUCCACCGGAGUCCACCAGCAGCCGCUACUGCCGGAGCCGAUGGCGCCGACCAAGUCCCACCAUCAUCACCAUCAUCACCAUGGAGACGAGGGAGACAGCGACGCCACCGAGUCGGCGGACAGCGAGAACGACAUGGACCCUCCGUCUCACAGCUGGGAGCUGAGGAGGUCGUCGUCCUCGUCCAACCACAGCGGGGAGGACGCCGACGCCGAGACGCUGGAGAGGAGGCAGUUCAUGAAGGCGUAUGUGGAGAAGGUGUUCCACGGAAAGGAGGACUUUGACCAGGAGGAAAAGGCUCGGUUUGGAGAACUCUGCAGCGGAGAGAACGGCAAAGGCAGGGAGUGGUUCGCCAAAUACGUCAGCGCUCAACGCUGCCACUCCAAGUGUGUGAGUGAAGCUACUUUCUACAGACUGGUUCAGUCCUUCGCUGUUGUUCUGUUUGAGUGUUACCAGAUGGACGACUACAGUCCGGCCAAAAACCUCAUGACCAUGUGCUUCACCUACUACUACAUCGGUAAAUCCCCGCCGUCGCCCUCCGAGCUGCUGGAUCGCGGCGCUCCUCCACCCGGUCUGGACUCCUACCUGAACAAGGCCAACUCCUGGCUGACGGGGAAGAAGGACGCCGCCGAACGCCUUCUCAAAAACACGUCCAAGACCGACGUCAAAGGAUUCUUCGGAGGUCUGGAGAGCAAACUGAGGAGCUCGAUGGCUGGAGAGGGUCCAGCGGAGACCAAGCCCAAAUCUCCUGUGUCGGAGGCUCCAGAGGAAAAGAAAGGAGAGAAGGUUUACCUGUACACUCACCUGAAGCAGCAGCCCAUCUGGCACACGCUGAGGUUCUGGAACGCUGCGUUCUUCGACGCCGUCCACUGCGAGAGGAAGAAGAGAUCUCCGACCACCAGAAGGAUGCAGGACGAAGAGAAAGACGAGAGGGAGAAGUGGUGUCAUAUGACCCAGGAGGAGAGAGACGACAGCUCCAAAAUCGAUGAGAACAUCGCCUUCGGCCAGCUGGGGACGUUUACUCACAACAUGUUGGCGUUUGGCCUCAGUAAGAAACUCUGUAAUGACUUCCUGAAGAAGCAGGCGGUUAUUGGGAACCUGAAUGAAGAACAGUACAAGUUGCUGACAGACCACAUAGACAAAAUGGCGGCAGAGUGACUUGACAGGCUGCGUUUCAACACAUGACAAUCUGAAAACACAUCAGCGGUUUCCCUCCGGAGCAACAUCAACCCUCCGACUGCUGCAUUUGUGUGGUUCACCGCUGAAAACCAACCUGCUGGACUGAACUGUGCCACAGCUGUAGCAAACAUCAGCAAUAAUAAUAAUAAUAAUAAUACAAAGCCACCAUCAGUCCAGCAUCUGUAACAACCUGCUUUACCACCACAGUAACUAGCAGCUUAAAGUGAAGUUUAAAUAAACCCCGAGCAGCUUCAGUGUGGAUUUUACACAUUAUAGCUAUGAUGUUACACGUCCUAUAUGCUGUAUAAUCCGUGUUUCCUUGGUGAACAUAUUUAUUACACGUGUGGUGUGACUCUGCCACCUGGCAAUAAGAAUUUAUUGUGCUUUUACCUGCUGUUGAGGUGGCGUCAGCUCAGUUUUAAUACCUAAAAACUCCCUUAUGCUCGUUUUUCUGUCGCUGUAGCUUCAUAUUAAAUACAAAAACACAGUUCUGACAUAGUCUAACAUAGAACUUCAUUACUGGCAUGUAAAAUGUCAGAAACAACAUCCGUGCAUGCUUUCUUUUUAAAAGCUUUCUACCUUUCUCCUAUCUAUAAAUAUGAAUCAACAACAAGGGGACAGUUAGCUUAGCUUAGCAAAGACAGAAACAGGGUAAACGACUAACAAGCUAAUUUAAAAUAAUCACCGGUAUUUGCAGGGAUCAAACAAACAAGGUAUAGCGUGUUAAAUUUCCUUUUCAGUCUUUAGUGACUUUAUGCUAAGCUAAGUUAAACUGUCUUCUAGUUGUAGUUUUAUUAUUUAAAUCCCAUUUUGCUGUUUUAAACAUGAAACACAUUUUUUUAAGGAGUAAAAACUCUUGAAUGAACCAUCUUCAUGCCUGUAAAGCAAAUAGAAAGCGACAGGAAGUGGGCAGUUAGCUUAGCAUAAAGAUAGAAACAGGGGACAAGCUAGCCAGUGACAACAUAUUAAGACUUCAGAGUGUCAGGAACUUUUUGCUAAGCUAACUAUCUUCUGACUGUAGCUUCUUAUCAAGCAAAUUGAUAUCAAUCUGUUUAUUGUUUACAUGUUUGAAUCCCAUUUUACCAUUUUGGCCUCUCACAUUUACAGUUUUUUUUUUUUAAAGAACAGCAACAAGAUGGUUAGCUUAGCUAGCAUAGAAUUGGAAAUGGGGUAAACAGCUAGCCUAGCACCAUCCACAAUUGACCAAAUUCACCUAGAAGCAUUUCUAAAGGUCCUUUAUCAACACAAAUUUAGCUUGUUUAAGCCAUACAAAAUGCAAAAUAUAAAACUGACAAAUUACUUCUGCUAUGCUUACUAUGCUAAGCUAAGUAUCCUCGGGCUUUAGCUUCAUAUGAGGCACAAAGAUAGUCAAUCUUUAGCUUUGUGUCGCCACAUGUUUACGGUUUAGUGAGUUUAUGUUGUUAUUUGGGAAUAAUGAUUCUUUGAACCAUUUUCAUGGCUGUAAAACGAAUAUGAAACAAAAACAAGGCGAUAGCUUAGCUUAGCAUGAAGUUUAGAAAAUGGAGAACAAAUCCAUCCUAGUUUUGUCCAAAUGUGAUAAAAUGUCUUGCGACCAGCACCUAAGUAAUUAACACGUUAUACAUGUUUUAGUCCCAUUGUUGCCAUUUUAAACCUGCCACACAUUUCAAUUUUACAGAUUUUGUAUUGUUUCUUGGAAGGAAAACAUUUUUUGAAUCGUUCUCAUGUCUGUAAACUGAACAUUGACAGCUGCUUGAUGGUUAGCUUAGCAUAGCACAGAGACCAAAACGGGUAAAUUAAUAGCCUUGCUUUGUCCACAGGUAAUAACAUCAACCUACCAGAAGCUCACUGAUUGACACUAAAUUAAACCAAAAGCAAUUUAUUAAGUGCCAAAUAACUUCAGUCGAAGUAAAUUUAUGCUAAGCUAAGCUAACCGUCCUCUGGCUGUAGCUUUAUAUGAAACAUCAGUUGUUGGCUACCUAUUUCCAUUACAUUUUUCCGGUUUACCCCAGCCAUAUAUUUACCAUUUAUUCAUUUUAUGAUGAAGGAGCAGCAAGGGGAUGGUUAGCUUAGCAUAACACAGAGACUAAAACAGGGGUAAAUGGCUAGCUUAGCCCUGUCACAGGUGAUAAAUCCACUUCACUGAUGGACACAAUUCCAGUUUAUUUUACACAGAAAGCAACAUAUGAAAAUGACAAGGGACUUUGUAUAAAUUAGUUUAUGCUAAGCUAAGCUAACCAUCUUCUAGCUUUAGCUUCACACAUUCCCAUCCCAUUUUCACCACUUUUAACCUCCCACAAAUUUAAAAUGUACAGAUUUUGUUUUGUUUUUUGAGAGGAAAAUGUAUUUGGAUAAUUCUCAUGUCUGUAAACUAAAUAUGACGCAACAGCUACUGGAUGGUUAGCUUAGCAUAGCACAGAGACUAAAACAGGGAUGAAUGACUAGCCUAGGUUUUUUCACAGGUGAUAAAUCCACCUACCAGAACCUCACUGAGUGACACAAAAUUUGUACUAAAAGCAAUUUAUGUAGCUGACAAGUAAUUUCAGUGGAAGUAAAUUUAUGCUAUGCUAAGUUAAGCUAACUUUCCUCUCGCUGUAGCUUUAUAUGAAACAUCAGUUGUUAGCGAACUAUUACAUUUUUGCCACUUUAAGCCAGCCACAUAUUUACAAUUUAAUUAUUCUAUGAUGAAGCAACAGGAAGGGGAUGGUUAGCUUAGCAUAGCGUAGCACAGAGACUAAAACUGUGGUAAAUGACUAGCUUAGCCCUUUUAUUUAUACAAAAAGCAACAUAUGAAAAUGACAGGGAUUUCUGUACAAAAGAUUUUAUGCUAAGCUAAGCUAUCUUCUAGCUGUAGCUUCACAUAUUUCCAUCCCAUUCAUAUUCCUGCAACAUUUUUGUAUUUCACUGAUUCUGAUUUUGCAUUUUUUUUAAAGUUAGAAACUUUAUUGUGAUCUUGGGGAAGAUUAGCGUCUCCUCCUCCAUCCAAAGUGCCUUCCAUGGAAGUGAACCUCCUCGUCUUUGCCCUCCGAUGCCCGAACAAACACUACUGCACUCUGUAACUCUGCCCCCUGCUGGUUAGCUUCGCCGUGUGGCUGUUUGUGCUUUUAGUGACGGGUUUAAAUAGUCGUUUAUUGAUGCUAACAGCGUACCCAAGCAUGAAUCCUGCUGCAUGUGUCUCUAUCUCGCAUGUGCAAACAGCAUCAAACGUGUAAAAAACGAGUGACUGACUUGUUUAGUCGUUGUGUUAUUUAGUUCUGCCACUAUGGGGCAGCGUUGUGUUUCCAAUCCAAGCCUUUCUCAGUGAAACUUUGUCAAACGUGGCAGGUUGAAUCAGACUGAAGUUAUUGUGUAAAUAUUGUACAUUUUCUCUGCGUGUUGUGAGAAUCGAUCACGUGCUGCUGUGCGUUAAUUGUGGGUCUUUGAUUGUAAACGUAGAACCAGUAGAUGUGUCGCUGCAUCGUGACCUAAAUGUGUGACUGUAGUGUCAUCAGCUGUGUGCCGUGUUUGUGUAGAUGUAAAUGUAAAUCAUUCCUUGGGCUGUCUGAAGCUACAUGUUUUAACUGAUCUGUUUGCAUGAGCUCUGAUUCCACGUCUCGCCUUUGAAACAUGUUCUGAGACUCUGCAGAAUUAUUCCGUGUUUUUCCCGAUGAUCUUUAAACACUCCUCUGACUCAGUGUUGA